AUGGAACUAGGAAACAGCACAAGAAUUUCAGAAUUUCUUCUUCUGGGGCUUUCAGAUGACCUAGAACAGCAGUCCCUCGUUUAUGGACUUUUCCUCUCCAUGUACCUGAUCACCGUGCUCGGGAACCUGCUCAUCACCCUGGCCAUCAUCUCAGACUCCCGCCUGCACACCCCCAUGUACUUCUUCCUCUCUCACCUGUCCUUUGUGGACAUCUGUUUCACCUCCACCACGGUGCCCAAGAUGCUGGUGAACAUCCAGACUCAGAGCAAGGUCAUUAGCUAUGCAGGCUGCAUCACUCAGAUGUACUUUUUCUUGCUCUUUGGAGAGUUGGACAAUUUCCUCCUGGCUGUGAUGGCCUAUGACAGGUUUGUAGCCAUCUGUCACCCCCUACAUUACAUGGUCAUCAUGAACCGCCCUCUCUGUAUGGUUCUGGUGUUUGUGUCCUGGAUCGUGAGCGCUCUACAUGCCUUGUUACAAAGCCUAAUGGUGCUGCAGCUGUCCUUCUGUACUGACUUCAAAAUCCCACACUUCUUUUGUGAACUCAACCAGGUAGCCCAACUUUCCUGUUCUGAAAACUUUUUUAGUGACCUCGUGAUGCAUUUUGCACCUGUGCUGCUGGCUGCUGCUUCCCUUGCUGGAAUAAUUUACUCUUACUCCAAGAUAGUUUCCUCCGUACAUGCAAUCUCAUCAGCUCAAGGGAAGUAUAAAGCAUUUUCCACCUGUGCAUCUCACCUCUCAGUUGUCUUUUUCUUUUAUGGCACAGGCCUAGGCGUGUACAUUGGCUCUGCCACUGCUCACAGCUCACACUCAAGUGCAACAGCCUCAGUGAUGUACACUGUGGUCACCCCUAUGCUGAACCCCUUCAUCUACACUCUGAGGAAUAAAGACGUAAAGAGAGCGCUGAAAAGUCUCUGCAGGGGACCUUCAGAAGGGCCCACUGGACGUGGCUGGAUAAGUGCCCUGCUGGCUGCAUUCUAA